AUGUCAAUAAAUUCACUUUCAACCGAAAUUUUACAAGAGAUCGUUAAAAAUUUAAGGCAGAAUGAUAUGGUCUCAUGUUUAUUAGUAAAUAGAGAAUGGUGUAAAAAUUCAGUUCCACUUCUAUGGCAGGAUCCACAAUUACUUCGCGGCAAAUGUAGUAAAUAUAGAGUACUUGCAAGAACUUAUAUGCUUUGUUUUACUCGAGAAGAAAAGAAAUUUCUAAAGAAUAAGGGUGUACCUAUCCCUCCUGCUCCACAUCGACGUCCUCCAACAUUUGAUUAUCCUUACUUCCUUCGUAAAAUUAGAAUUGGCUUUAUUCAACGUCUAGCUUUUGAAUGGAUAUACAGGAAACGGUCCGUGAAUCGAACGGAUGCAAUUUUACAUUUAAAUAAAGGAUUGCAAGAACUUCUUUUUAGCAGAGCUCAAAGAAUUGAAUAUAUUUGCUUUGAUUCAGAAUGGCAUUUUGCUGGACGGCAAUUUCAAAGUUGGCAAAAUUUGAAGAUUAUCGAAGUAUCUGCAGGCGCUUACAGCUCUCAUAAUCCAAGUUCUUUUUUACAAACUAUAGUGAAUUCUUCGUGCAAUAAUAUCAAAAUUAUCCAUUCUGACAUUGAUCGAAAGCAUAAAGAUUGUGAUAAUCUUUUGUCUCAGUUGAUUACAAAUCAACGGUCAUUAGAAGAGAUCAAAUUAGGCUCAUACUUUCAAGUUCCUCAAUCUAUAAGUACUCUAAAGUGUUUAAAAUUUAAUAAUGUUGACUUUUCUGCUUUUAGUGGAGAUUUUGCCAAAAAUUCACUUGAAACAAUAGAGUUACUUGAAAUGCGCUCCUGUCGACUAAAGACUGACCAUUUUCUUAAUAAUGUCCUUAAGAUGAACAAUUUACGUCAAUUUACAUUCAAUGAUCAUAGGUUGAACGAUCCAUCUAUUCAUAAUUUUUUUGUUAAAUUAUUAAAAACUAUUAAUAAUUUAAAAUAUCUUGCCAUACAUUUCGAGUAUAAAGAUCAACAAGCGUAUAGUUUGGUCGAAGCAAUAGCACCACUCUGUUUACAACUUGAAUAUUUAAAGUUACCUUCAUUUGAUAUGAAAGAACUUUUACCAUUCAUGAAAUCUUUUGAUCAAUUAAAAUACCUUCGAAUUGAUUUGGACAUUAGAUUAAAUUCAACAUUAUUUUUGCAAACUGCUAAAGAGUUACCGUCAAGUUUACAACAUUUGAUCAUUAAUGAUCAAAAAUAUCAAAUACAUCAAAGAUAUAGAAAAAUCAGGAGAAAUUAUGUUUCACUUGGCGUCGAAGUUUAUAAAAAAUUCUUUAGCUCAAUUAAUUGUAAAGAAUUAAAAUCUUUAUAUAUUUGUAGUGAUUUCUUACCGUCAGAACUUCAAAAUCUUAAUAUUAAAUGGCAAAAUAAGGAAAUGCCGGAAAAAAUAUAA